AUGUACUAUUGUUUUAUAUCUCAAGCUAAAACCACUGUAUCUGCACAGGCAGUAGUUGCUGGUCAGGUAAUUUAUACCAUAACAAGUGUAGAUCCAGAGAGUGACAAUGUACAGUAUACAAUGACAUCAAGUAGUGCAACAUCACCAUUUACAAUCAAUCAGAACACUGGUGCUAUAUCAUUGAGUCGCUCAGUCAAGACUGAGUUAGAAAUCGGAUAUGAAUUAUUUAUCAGUGUAUCAGAUGGUAGGAACACUGUUGCUUCACGAACAUUAUCUGUUCGAAUUAUAGACAUCAACCAUCCACCAAAAUUCUUAAAUCCUAUACAAAAGGAAGUUGUAUUAGAAGGAAUAAGUAUCGGAUCGUCUAUAUUUCAACCAUCAAUUACUGAUGAAGAUUUGUCAGACGUUCAUACGUUUUUAGUUUCGUAUUCCCCGCCUGAAGGUGCUGUCUACUUUGGAGUUGACACGUCAAAUGGAUUAAUAACUUCUCUAGUCGAUAUUGAUUACGAGACUAUACCCUACAAGACCUUUCUACUGACGAUUACUGGGUCAGAUUCUCUAAUGGUGGACACCACUAACAUAACGCUAAAUAUACAGAAUGUCAAUGAACCACCAAAGUUCACCAAAAAGAACUAUGCAUUCUCAGCUACAGAAAAUAGUGGUGGAACUGUUCUCCAGAAUCCAUACUACCAGUUCACAGAAGAAGAUGGAGACGCGGUGAAGUUUUCAAUAGAUUGCGGAACAGAAACAGGUCUCCUUGACAUCGAUUCAUCUACUGGCUUCCUGUCCUAUUCCAUUGAUUAUGACUUAGACGUAGCUGGUACAGCUUCUCAGUUAAUCUGCCAGGUUCAUAUAACAGACAACGAGUACACUGAUACUGCAUUUCUAAACAUAACUAUACUUGAUGAAAAUGACAAUGCACCUGUUUUUCAGCAAAAUGAAUAUACCUUUUUUGUGACAAGCAUUUCGUCCGUUAAAACUGACAUUGGGAAUGUUGAGGCAACUGAUAAAGACAUCGGAGUCUACGGGAAUAUAAUUUAUCACCUUGCACAGGAAGAUAUCAACAAUGGUUUAUUCAGCGUGUCUGUUGAUGGUUUCAUUAGAAGCAAACAAUCUCUCGAAAAUAUAAUACCAGGAACCAUUUUUAACCUUACAGUGUAUGCAGUGGAUAGUGGGGGUAAUGAAAACAUUACAUUGGUUUAUAUUGUGAUACCUGAUCCAGAGAUCGGAACAAAUAAAUAUCGAGAUAUAAUAUAUUACAAGACUUUCUUCACCUUCUCUCCUAAUAUGGCAUGGUUUGUUCCAUUGAUGAUGGUUCUAAUGGUAACAGCUUGCGUAGUAUUACACACUAUAUAUAAAGGAUAUUGCACAUGCUCUAAGACAGAAAAGAAACAGAAGAAGAUGCAUCCAAAAUAUCGUAAAAGGAAAACAGCUAUCGAAAUGUGAAAAAAAAACAGGAUUAUAUGUAAAAAAAAAGAAGAAAUAACAAUGCGAUUUUUAAAUAAUUGAGAGGAUUUUUGAGAUACAAAUAACAAUCCAUGUGAUUAAAUACGAGUUGUACCUAAUAUUUUCAUUAUGUUUUAAUCGUUAUUGCAAUCAAUUAAUAAAUGCUGGCUAUUUAAAAUGAAAAUCAAUGCAUUAAAUCAAAAUAUUCAU